AACAGCCAAGAGGCUCAAACACCCACCAAUACCUUGCAGUCAGGAGCAGCAGAAGGGAAUGUGAGGGAGAGAGAAAAAAAAGUCAGAGAGAGAGAGAGAGAGUGUGUGUGUGUGUGUGAGUCAGAGCAAGCGACUUCACUUUAAGAGACUUAAGUACCCAACUACUCCAUGCAGUUCAGCACAAGAGCAGCAUCUACAGAGCCUGGUUUCAUGGGGACAUGGCAGAACUCCGAGACUAACCUGCUCUUCAGAAUGUCCCAACAGGCCAUUCGCUGCACACUGGUAAACUGUACGUGUGAAUGUUUCCAGCCAGGAAAGAUCAGCCUACGGACCUGUGACCAGUGUAAACAUGGCUGGGUGGCACAUGCAUUGGACAAGCUCAGCACCCAACACCUCUACCAUCCAACUCAGGUGGAGAUCGUCCAAUCCAAUGUGGUGUUUGACAUCAGCAGCCUGAUGUUGUACGGGACACAGGCGGUUCCUGUGCGCCUCAAAAUCCUUCUCGACCGCCUCUUUAGUGUGCUGAAACAGGAGGAGGUGCUUCAGAUCCUGCAUGGCCUGGGCUGGACUCUCCGAGACUAUGUCCGCGGAUACAUCCUUCAGGAUGCUGCAGGCAAGGUGCUGGACCGCUGGACUAUCAUGUCCCGGGAAGAGGAGAUCAUUACCCUCCAGCAGUUUCUGAGAUUCGGAGAAACCAAAUCCAUCGUGGAGCUGAUGGCCAUUCAAGAGAAAGAGGGGCAGGCCGUGGCUGUGCCAACUUCGAAAGCAGAUUCCGAUAUCAGGACUUUUAUAGAAAGCAACAAUCGGACUCGGAGCCCUAGCCUCCUGGCUCACCUAGAAAACAGCAACCCUUCCAGUAUCCACCACUUUGAAAACAUCCCCAACAGCCUGGCAUUCCUACUCCCAUUCCAAUACAUAAACCCCGUCUCUGCUCCUUUACUCGGCCUUCCCCCCAAUGGUGUCAUGCUUGAGCAGAGCCUGAGAUUGAGGGAACCCAACCUCCCCAUCCAGAACGAACGUGUGGAGAGCAGCGAGUCUGAAGUUUCUGUUUCACCUUUUCGAAACGACCAAGCAAGCAGCAGAAAUGCCCUCAGCAGCAUCAUCAACAUUGAGCCCAAAACCGAGCAGAACAGGUUGUCCCCGAUUCACACCCCUGCUGCUCCUGCGAAUGUCACGGUCAAGACUGACAGCUCUAAAAGUUCUCUUCUGAGUUCAAAAAUUCAGAGAAUGAAAAGAAUUGGACUGACCCCAAGAAAGGGCCGAGUGGUCUGCAAUGCCUGUGGUAAGACUUUUUAUGACAAAGGUACUCUCAAGAUCCACUACAAUGCUGUGCAUCUGAAGAUAAAGCACAGGUGCACAAUCGAAGGCUGCAAUAUGGUUUUCAGUUCCCUGAGGAGCCGCAAUCGUCACAGUGCCAACCCCAAUCCACGCCUGCAUAUGCCAAUGCUGAGGAACAACAGAGACAAAGACCUCAUCAGAGCCACAUCUGGAGCUGCCACUCCAGUCAUAUCUAGCAUCAAAUCAAGCUUAAGUCUAACACCUCCUGGGCGACCAUCCCUGGGCUUCAACUCCUCUUCCGUUGACCCAGUUCUUCAGAGCCCACUGGUAUUCCCUCCGCUAAAGACAGUGGAACCUGUGCCUCCAUUUUACAGGAACUUGCUGACACCUGGGGAAAUGGUGAGCCCUCCAACAUCACUCCCAACUAGUCCUAUAGUGCCCACACUUGAUCAGCCUUGUGUCGCUGAGCCACAUUCAUCCAUGGCUCAGGAACUGGCAGCUGACCUUGCCCCCAAGAAAAAAUCUCGCAAAUCAAGCAUGCCCGUUAAGAUUGAAAAGGAAGUGAUUGACACGGCUGAUGAGUUUGAUGAAGAUGACCAGGUCAAUGAAAAUCAUGUCAAUGAUGGCAUCCAUGAUGAGGAAAUGAAUAAUGUCAAUUGUCACAAAGAAAUGAGUCCCACCAUUCACAUGCAUAGUAGCAGGAAAGCAGAUGAGGAGAGAAGCCUUGGUGGGUUUGAAGAUAAGCAGAUGGAUAGCAUCACCUCUGAGGAGCAAGAGCAUGACCGAGACUUUGAGGAUGAAUCUGAAGGCUCUGAGUCUAAAAUGUGCGACAAUCCCGCAGAAAAUGAUGAGCAGGUACACCGGGAGGUUUUUGAGAAGGAGGAAAUGUCAAGCAACAAGCUUGAAGACAAAGACUCUGUUUCCCCUCAUCCACAGACCAUUAAAAUAAAGGAAGAGUUCACUGACCCAACCUAUGACAUGUUUUACAGUAUCAGCCCAUAUGGAUUGUACAAUGGUGGAGGAGGGAGCAUUGCUGCCCUUCAAGAAGGCUUCUCUCCUUCAAUGGGAUACAGCAGUCCCCAAAAAUACUCACCAGAGAGUGAACUCUGCUCCAGCCCUGACCCUAAGAUCUGUUACGUCUGCAAGAAGAGCUUUAAAAGUUCAUACAGCGUGAAGUUACACUACAAGAAUGUUCACCUGAAGGAGAUGCAUGUUUGCACAGUAGAAGGUUGCAAUGCAGCAUUCCCAUCUCGCAGGAGUAGAGACAGGCAUCUCAUACACAGAAUACCGCACAGACACAGUGCCAACAUAAACCUUCACCGUAAGCUUCUGACCAAAGAACUGGAUGAAAUGGGGUUGGAUCCAGCUCCACCACUCGCUAAGGACCUCCGUGAAGAAUUCUUGGCCAAGAUCUAUGGUGGACACCAUGGAAUUGGGCUGGACAUGAGGGACGAAGCCAGUUCACCGGCAGGGACAGAAGAUUCCCACACCAAUGGCUACACAAGGGUCACAGCAGAUGAUUACAUGGUGUUGGACCUCAGCACCACUUCUAGCGUCCAAUCCAGCAGCAGCGUUCAUUCAUCGCGGGAAUCAGAGGCAGAAAGCGAUGAGGGGAUCCUGCUGGAUGAGAUCGAUGGGGCCAGCGACAGUGGUGAAUCCAUUCACAGAGCAGAGGUCCAAUCCCAAGCUGCCGGUUCCAGUCAUGAAGUCCUAGAAGCCUCAGUACUGCAAGCGGCAUCAACUAGCAAUGGCGGAAUCAUGUGUAUUAUCUGCCACAAAAUGUACAGCAACAAGGGGACUCUGAGGGUUCACUACAAGACAGUCCACCUCCGUGAAAUGCACAAGUGCAAGGUUCCUGGUUGCAACAUGAUGUUUUCCUCUCUGCGGAGCCGGAAUCGACAUAGCCAGAACCCUAAUCUACACAAAAAUGUUCCCUUCACCUCCAUAGAUUAAUGCAAGCCUCACUCCAGGCGGCCCUGAUCUGUGGAAACUGCCAAGCCUUUUUGACAUCAGGUACUUAAUCUGCAGUUUUACCCUCUAACCUGGGGUUUGGACAUAAGGAGCAAUUGUUUCAGCUCAGUAGAUUGAAACCCCAGUUCUUAUUGAAAUGCUCAUGCUUAAUUCAUCUCCAAAGAGACAAUUGAACUAACUGUGACUGUUGCCUGCAAAAUAAAAGUACCUUCUCGUUGUCAUUGUGUACUUAACUACUUGUCAGCUUUUGAAAGAAACUUUGAUUGAGCAUGGCGGCUUAUUUUGUAAAUACUGUGCCCUUAAAAGGCCAAUGAUGUAAAUCUAUUAUACUGUCA